UCACUUUUUGUCAUUUUCAAAUUUGCUGCAGUUUCCUUCCCCCAUAUGUCCCGAUGCUCGCAGGGGACGGAACCCAGAAGACAGAUGCCGGCAUCCGCCGGAGGACAUUACAGGGGACACUGCAGGGGGGACAUCGCGGGAGCGCAGGACAAGGUAAGUGAUCGAGGGAUCCCGGAGCAACGCUGCAAUGUAUUCCCAAGUGUAGCUCGGGGUUACCGCUUGUGGUGCUGAAACUUUACCCCGAGCUACACUCGGGAAUACCGCCAGGGAGAUUAAAGUUCCACUCACCUUGUCCUGUGGUCCCGCGAU